AUGAGCGCGGACGGGCAGCCCUCCUCCGAGGCGGCGCUGCUAAUCACGGUCUCCGACCCGGAGAAGCACGGAACCUCAAUCACCGCCGCGUUCGUCGACUACAAGCUCUCCACAGUGACGCAGCUCUCGCGGUACGCGGCGAAAGAGUUCUUCGUCCGGCGGCGCUAUCGCGACUUCGUGUGGCUGCGCGACCGGCUGUGCCACGCCUUCCCUGGCUGCGUCGUGCCGCCGCUCCCCACCGUGGACUCGCCGCUCAAGGACGACCGCUUCUCGCCAAACUUCAUCGAGCGGAGGCAGGCCGGGCUGCAGCUGUUCCUGAGGCGCGUGGCGGGGCACGAGCGGCUGCGGGAGUCCUCCGACCUGCAGACCUUCCUGGAGGCCAAGGUGUGGGAGCUGCAGACCGUCAAGAAUGCGACGGGCUCCUCGUGGCUCGGCGCGCUCUUCGACGGCACCCAGGAGAGCGAGCCCGGCCGCAAGCCCUCUCGCCGCCCUCUCGCCGGGCUUGACCGUCGCACCCUGGCCCGCGUGCCUGACGAGGAGGCGAUCGAGCGCGUCCGCGCCUUCGCCGCCAACUACGCGACGAUUGCCUCUGCGAGCGCGUCAAAGCAGCACGCAGCAGUGCGCACGCAGGCCGACAUGGCCUCCGACCUGCGGCAGCUCGCGCCCGCCCUCGACAUGCUCUCUCAGUCCGAGACGGAGCUGUCACUGCCUCUGACGCACAUGGCACGCCCCCUCCGCGGGGCGGCGGCGGCGCUCGAUCGAGUCAAGGAGCUGCCCCUGGCGAGAGCGGAGCACGUCUGCGGCCUCUCUGCGCUCCUCGCCUUCAACACGGGGAUGGCGACGGCGCUCAACGAGGCGCGCCGCCCCUGCCCCAUGUGCGCCAGCCUGCGCGGCCUGACGUGGGGCGACGCCUUUGACCUCGACUCCAUCGAGGCCAGUUGGCGGGCGCUGAUGGGAGGGCGGCCGGUGCGGCGGCGGUGCGUCGAGGCGUGGCUGGCAGCGGCGCGGCUCUCCGCCGCGCGGCAGCGCCGCGCCGGCGCGUGGGACUGCUACAACCCGAGGACGGGGUCGGAACUGCUCCUCAACGGCCUCCUCCUCGGCUACGCGCUGCCCAGCACAGCUGGCGCGCUGCUGCUGCUGCUGACGCAGACCGAGCUGCCGCUGCGCGGAGCGGCAGCCGCCGCCCGCGCCGAGGGCUUGAUCAACCGUCCGUUCACGGCGGCGGCGUGGGCGAAGCUGCAGCCAGGCCGCGCAUGGCCGGCAGAGCUGGAGGGGCAGUGGACGGUCGCGCGGGUGAGCCGGGAGGGGCUGGUGCUGGUGCCGAGCGAGCUCUUCUCCAUGGAUGACGGCCAGAGGGACGAGGCGCAGGAGCGGCGAGCGGACACACUUGAGUGGUGA